CCAACUCAAAACCAACUUCUCUCCUACAUGGCAUUUUUUUUAAUAAAAAAUAAAAGUUUGAAUUUUUAAAAAAUUCACAUCCUCUUUUCCCCUUUCAGAUCCAAAAAUCCUCUCAGUUUUUCGCUCCCCUCCCGCGCUCAGUUUCUCGCAAGGUCCCGUCUCUAUCUCUCUCACUCCGGCGACGUCUUCGGCCACCGAGUACUGCAAGAAGCACGUCGAGGCCCCCAAAGCAGCCGCCGCAUCCGAAGAACGCUCCACCUCCUCCUCCGAUGACCUCAAGGCCUAGGACACCGAGUUCGUCAAGGUCGACCAGGCCACCCUCUUCGAUCUCAUCCUGGGUCAAUUAUUCCUACUGAUGCAACACCUAGAAAGCACCACACCUCAUUUCAUACGUUGUAUCAAGCCCAAUAACCUUCAGUCUCCCAAAUUGUAUGAGCAAGGACUUGUGCUGCCGCAGUUAAGAUGUUGUGGAGUCCUAGAAGUAGUACGAAUAUCAAGAUCUGGCUUUCCCACCAGAAUGUCCUACCAGAAGUUUGCCAGAAGAUAUGGUUUUCUUCUGCUGGAGAAUGUCGCAUAUCAGGAUCCACUUAGUGUUUUAGUUGCAAUUCUUCAUCAGUUCAAUAUCUUGCCUGAAAUGUAUCAAGUUGGCUACACAAAGUUGUUCUUCCGAACUGGACAGGGCUGUGAUUGAGCCAAUCCGAGAUACAAUUUGGGUCAAGUACUAGAAUUUGUUGUUGGUGAGUAGCUUUGUCACCAUGUUGAGUAGGAGUUCACAAGAAGAUACCACAUUGUUAAGUAGAUUAAAAAUGAGGCAUGACAGUCUCUGUAUAAGGGUUAUGUGAAGCCCAUAGUGCACCAUAAUUGUGGAGACAAGCUUGUCUAAUGUGUGAGUACUCCAUAAUUGGGUGUAUU